UUGCCAUGAAAUCAUUGUUCCAAUUAAUUCUACAUUUGAAUUUCGUCGCCAAGUUAAUUAUCUUGUGCAGUCAAAGGUAUAACAACAGGUCAUGAUGUUGACCAGGCGAAGAUAGUUAGGGAGAAAAGAUGGCGUGUUUCACCCGUAAAGUGGAACGACCUCUCGAGCUUAGAACUUUCUACGGUAGCCAGCCUUUGCAAAACACAUCUCUGUUCCAUGACCAAAUAGUUGCGAUGCACUAUUUGCAUCCUUAUCUCCAUUUGCCGACGGUCAUAUUCCAACGCGGCCCCUCCUUUGUCGGACGCAACCACUGCAGUCCGCUACCCCCCACCGACUACAAAGUUUCCAAUCUUAUCUUCUACCUCCUAUGUGACAGAAAUUUGUGUAUCUUUUUCCCCAAAAACCCCUUUUUGAUGGGAUUCUAUCCAUAUACGUCAUCUUUCUAUAUUCUUAUUUGUAUGAAUAUUAAACAUAAUUUUUUUUUAACUAAAUGAAUCCCACAACCUCGCAUGGAAGACUCGUUAGUGAUGGCGGCAGAAGAAGUCUUGUUGGGGGGGGGGGGGCAUUAAAUUUAGAUGGCUGCUUGGAAUGCCGACUUGACUUAGCUCGCGGUUGAAGAUUGCGGCGGAGAGAGGGAGUUGUAGUUCUCGACGAUGCAUUGUUUGAUUUUGCUACUUAUUCGCGGAUAAAAUGUCUAUAGCAGCUCUUUAUUUUUGACUUGCUAUAAGAUAUUUUAUUGUGUAUAUAUGAAUGCCGUCUGAUAAAAAGAAAUUGUUUUUGUUUUAAGCUCUGCACUGACUCUGUUCUCGGUCGUUGCUGUUUCGCAGGAUCUCGCACCAAGAAGAUCAUAAUUGGUGAGAAACUUACUCCUCUAAACCACCCAAUCUCCUGACUCGUCUCCAAUUCUUUCUGGCUUAAUUAAUGUCAUGCACUUGCUGAAAUCAUAAAAGACGCGAAAGCAAGAAUUAGUAUCUUUCUCAGCUUCCGUCUAUACUCUGUUGUUCCAUGAAUCUAUUUGAGGGAUGAUCAAUGCCAUGAGCAGGUGUUUCGGUCGGCGUGGGAGGCUUGUUGGUCAUAGUAACCUUCCUCGGUCUUUUCCUUUAUCGUCGCAAGAAGAGAAACCGGCUCUCUCCGGUUCUGCUGUCUCGAAGAGCCUCAUCUGAGCCAAUCAGCUCCAAGAAAGAUCCUGAAUUGGGCAAUGAACACUACGGCACCCAAGUUUUCGAGUACGAGGAGCUACACGAGGCCACCGAUGGCUUCAACGCCUCCAAUGAAGUUGGUGAUGGCGGCUUUGGCACUGUCUACAAAGGGAAGCUCCGGGAUGGUCGCACCGUGGCCAUCAAGCGAUUGUACGAGAACAACUUCAGGCGUGUCGAGCAGUUCAUGACUGAAGUCCACAUCCUUUCUUCCCUCCGACACCACAACCUUGUCAGCCUAUAUGGAUGCACCUCCCGCCACAGCCGCGAGCUCCUCCUCGUGUUCGAGUUUGUGCCGAAUGGGACGGUGGCGGACCACCUCCAUGGCCCCCGUGCGUGCGAAGAAGGGCUCCCGUGGCCUGUGAGGAUGAGCAUCGCAAUCGAGACCGCCCAGGCGCUCAGCUACCUCCACGCCGUCACGCCCCCGAUCGUACACCGGGAUGUCAAAACCAACAACAUCUUGCUCGACCGCAGCUUCCGUGUCAAAGUCGCCGACUUUGGAUUAUCCAGGCUCUUUCCGCUCAACGUCACGCAUGUCUCCACGGUUCCACAAGGCACGCCCGGGUACGUCGACCCUGAAUACCACCAGUGUUACCAGCUCACGGACAAGAGCGAUGUCUACAGCUUUGGGGUGGUGUUGGUGGAGCUCAUAGCCUCGAAGCCGGCCGUCGACAUCACUAGGCAUCGGCAUGAGAUUAAUCUGGCUAAAAUGGCCGUCAACAAGAUCCAGAACGAGGAGUUGGAUCAGUUGGUCGAUCCAAGACUCUGGCGGCAGUCCAACAGCGAGGUAAUUUGGAUGAUCAGACAGGUGGCUGAAGUGGCAUUCGGGUGCUUGCAAGAAGAGAGGGACAUGAGGCCUACGAUGAAAGAGGUUCUGGAGGCACUGAGGGGGAUAGAGGGCAAGGGGAGCAACAGGAAGAAGGGUGCGGAAGCUGAUGAUGCCGUGGCCAAGGAUGAUGACCGCUCCUUGCUGGGGGAAAGGCCGCCGCAUUCACCAGAUACUGUCAAUGCCGAAUGGGAAAGCAGGCUAACGACACCAAACGCUAGUGUUUGAGGAAGACGUCCUCUGCUACUUUUCUGAUGAUUCUGUGUAAGCCACUUGCAUUGAGUUCUUAAUGAGAGAGAUAAUAAUCUUGGGAGAUUGACGACUCUCAUAAUUUUUCGAGUGCCCUGAAGAGUUCUACCGUAGAUUGAUGUUUGACUUUCGAUCUCCUGUUGGAGAGGAAAGGUUUCUUUUCUUUGCUUUAAUGUUUCAGACUCUGUAAAAAUGGGAAGACCGACCGAAUCACUAUUUUUAUCUUCUUCUUU